CGGUUAGCAAAAUGGCUCAAGGCUCACAGAAGUUUAAAGCUCAGCGGCCAGGAGCCUCUAAGAAACAGCAACAAAACAAACAGAAAGGACCAAAGAAAGGAGGGAGGAUCAUUGCACCUAAGAAGGCUCAAGUGGUUCAGCAACAGAAGCUGAAAAAGGGUUUAGAGGUUGCCAUCAGGAACAAGAUUGAGCAGGAGGUGACCCAGAAGGCAAGCUCGUCCCUCCACAAGCCACUGAGUGUGCUUAAAGGGUCUGAAGGUAAAGGCAACCCAGGAGCAGCCCGUCCAGGAACCAGCACCAAAUAGGACCUGAUACACAAUUGCACACCUGCAGACCUGAGGCUGUGCUAAACUUAUGGACUUGGGAUCACUGAAUGACACUGACCCCAUGAUUCAGAAUUAAGAUUUAUGCCAGCUGUCCUGUUGUUUUUGAAUUGUGAAUGUUUCAGCUGAAUUCAGACAUGUAGAAAAGUCAAAUAGUCCUUCUUGAACAGAUACCAAUCAAUAGUUUUUCAGUUUACAAAGAAGUGAAUGAAAUAAGAACAUGCAUCACUGGGCCAUACAAAUUUCAUAAACUUCCACUAGGGGGCACCAGAGGACUUCAUUGACUUAUAUUUGUUUGCUUCUUUUUUCUCAUCAAAAGUCAUGAUUAGACAAGAAACCAUACUUUCACUUGCCCUUUAGAUCGCACCACCCUAAAAGCAGUUUUCAUUCUAUCACAUAAUUAUGUGACUGUACAGAAAACAAAACAAGGAAAAGUGAGAGGAAAAAGUGGCUCGACAUAAUGUUUGUUGAUAAAAUAUAAGAAUCAAAGAUAGAAACUAAAGGUCUCUAUAAAUUCCUUCACAUUUGCUAGCUAUUUUGUUGUCAGUUUGAAUGCAAAGUCUAAGUCAUGAGCCCAUAUGUUUCAGUGAGCUCAAACUGCUGGUGUAUCUGGAGCAGUUACAUGGGCAGCCCACUGCUCCCACCGGCCGCCUCUGUGUUGAAUCAGUGACAAAGAGGGACAACUAGUGCUUGUUUACACUUUGGGAUUCAGUAACAUUAUUUUGAGAGUAGAUUAAUAUUUACAGAAUUUUUUUAAAGAGUACUCAGUGAUAUUAUACAGUCGAAUGUCGUUGUCAGACUCCUGGUGCAAAGUUUAAAAAGGCUCAGAACAAAUGCAAUACAACCACAGAUAAUGAAUGUUGUAUUUCAUUGUUCUUUUCCAAACCUGGCGCCUACAUUAACCACAAUGCACCUCAACUGCUGACUGGUCAAUCAGAGAUUCAGGUGUAUCAUGCUAAAAGUGGCUAACGUAGUCACAGCAACUCCACACCCCCAGGU